UUGAACAAUAUCCCAGGGUUCAACGCCACGCACUUACUCCGUGUGAGAAUCAGUGAGAGAGUUGGACCAGUUGGACUCUGGAGUAAGAAAGAUGAAUGCUGAAGCACAGAAAACGAAGGAGGUAGUUCGCAAAUUGGAGAACCAGAAAGAUUUUGAAAUGAUACUGAAGGAGUCAGGAAGCAAGCUGGUCAUUAUUGACUUCUCUGCAACAUGGUGUGGGCCUUGCAAGAUGAUAAAACCGUACUUCCAUAAACUGGCAGAAGUCAAUACAGAUGUAAUUUUCUGUGAAGUAGACGUGGAUGAUGCAGCAGAUAUUGCGGAACAUUGUAGCAUAAGUUGUAUGCCAACAUUCCACUUCUACAAGAAUGGAGAAAAGGUGUUCGAGUUUUCUGGAGCAAAUCAAACAACUUUGGAAGAAAAACUUAAAGAGCUGCAGUAAUGGUCAUUAAUCCAGUAAAUAAAAGUCAAUAAUCUGUUUAAUGUA